AUGCCUAAAGAAAAGUCAAUCAAUCCUGCGCAGGCGCAGCGCAAGGCCGAGAAACAGAAAGAGAUCAAAAAGAACAAGCAGAACAUACAAAGUCAACGCAAUGAAAAAUUGGCGAGACGCAACCCGGAGCGUGUUCAAAAGCAGAUUGACGAGCUGAAAGAGCUGGAGAAUCGAGGUGUGCUCCGACCAAAGGACAAAGAGACUCUUGCACAGCUCGAGCGCGAUCUUCGUGGCAUUCGCCGUGCGCGAGAAGCCUUGGGUGACUCGGCACCUAAGUUUCCCAGCCGCGAGGGACGCGAUGGACCAGACGGUCGCCGAGAGCAAAUUGACCGUCGUCAGAAUCUUGGAAAGAGACGAAGGGACGAAGACGACGCGCAUUCGAGCGACACUGAUCCAGAGGUCCGCGAUAUCCCCAUGCCGCGAGAUACGCCUCCACCGAUACCUUCCACAGCACGAAAGUUUGAGCCGAACGCAAAAAUAGGUCCCGAUGGAAAGAGAGUGCCCCAUACGCUGCCAAGCAAGCCCGUGUCGACCAUUGAGUCACAAGCAGUCUACAGUAGCGCACCCCAGCUACGAGAUCUGACAAAGGAGUCGUUGAAAUUUGUGCCAUCUACAGUGGCGCAGAAAAAGAAGCUGGUGCAGGGACAGGGUCGAUUACUCGAGCCCGAGGAGAUCGAGAAGCUCGAAAGCGCAGGAUACUAUGCGGCUGAAAAGGCAGCAGAGCAAGCGGACAUCAAAGCGAAGACGGGCAAAGCAGACGAUUUUGAAGCCGAGUUACGACGGUUUGAGAGCGAGAUUGAUCACGUCUACCCCUCUACUGAAGCAGGUAAUGCGCGACAGGUUCAGCUCGAAGACGCGUCUGAUGAUGGGAACUAA